CACGUGACAUGGACCGGGACAAGAGGUAUACGUUAGCAUCACUAGCAUAGCUUUAAUCGGGGAUCGAUUGUCUAUGUCUGCUAAGGCCGAAAGGGGGAGCUGUUGGCGGCGACACUCCAUUCUGGAUGAGGAUGCCGGAGGGAAGACAUCGUGUCCGGUCAUCCUUAUUCACAUAUUUCCCCCUGUUCAGGUGAAUGAUGACUUCCGACGAUCACCACCAAGACCCUACUGUCCAAGUUUCUUGCCCAUCUUGACCACUUUAUUCACAGACGUUGGCGAAAAAAUGAGCGUAACUCUCCGUUCCCGUGGAUGAUGAUGAUGAUGAUGUCCCACGAUGAACACAGAUUUUCAAAAUCCGCUGCAAGUCCCUCGACCGAAGGUCCGCAGUCACCUGACCAUCAAAGUGCAGUCCAAACUGAUGUCAAGGCCUUGUCCCCCUGUGCGUGGGUCAAAACCUCCCGUCGCCCCCAAGCCCAAACCUUUCUACGAGUUUAUACCGCAGAGGGAGCAAUGCCCGACUCGGAGCCUCGGUAAUGGAGACCUGUUUCACUCGAACGGGGAAACGGGUCUUCAUGAAGAAAACCAGGACGAGGAACAAAACGAGACAGAGGAGAAGGUUGUUGAAGGUGAAUUUGAGGUCGGAGAAACGGAGAACGGGGGAAAAGGAUGUAAUAAUAAAGAUGAUGACAUCGAGAGCAUCGGCUCUGAGGACACCGUCAUAGAAAACGACGGUUCGACGGCGGACACCAGUGAGGAUGAAAAUCCUCAGUCUGAUGCUGGACCAAACAAAGACAAUGAUCCUGGACCAAACAAAGACAACGAUCCAUUGACACUUUUGUCUUCUCCAGACGAAAACAAGGAGGAGGCUAAGGACACACGUGGACUUAGUGGAAAAACCGACAUAGACUUGGAUGAACCAGAUCAAACGUAUUCACUCGGUCACGCUAAGACCGACUCUAUUCAGUUCGACUUAUCCACAGAUGAUACCGAACUGGACGUCGGAAGAUUCGUGUUUGGAUUCUGCACGCUCCCAACAGUCACAGAAGAGUAUCCCUACGACGUGAUUGGCCCGGCAGACGGCGCCAGCGACACAUGCGAGUCCGUCGACGCGACCGAAAGCAUAGACGCGGAAGUAUGGCAACCGGAACGCGCCACCAAAGACGUCUCGGGCUGCUUUCGUUUCACAUCCAGCACCGAGGAUGUGUUUGGGCCGUAUUCAGUCAUUGAAGCCGUUCCUUCAGAUACGACGUGUACUGCUGAUCCGGAAUGGCGUGAAGAUGAUGACGCUAAUGAUCUGGAUACAUCAGGCGCUUCAAAGCAGGAGCCUUUCUACGUGUCAUCGGACGACGUGGACAAACUCGACGAUACGCAAACCCUCAAUGAGAAGACUGAACCUGAAGAUGGAGAACACGGGAAUCAGCAUCCGGACGCCGAGUCAGCAGACGAGUAUGCAAACAUCGAGGAUUCUCCCUGCAAUGAAACUGAUAACUUUGAGCAGUUGGACUGCGUCUCAUCGGAAGAUUACGUCGAAAUCGGCGACGAGGACGAAGAGGAGCAGACAGAAAAGAAACCCGUCAAAGGAAAAAGUGCAAAACUGAGAACAGCCCAACGAGAGCAGGCGUUCCUCAGCCAAAGGAGAAGCUGCCAACCUCGUCUCAGGUUAUGCAACAUCACCGUACCAAAGGACUUGGACCUGGGUCGCACUCCGGAGCUCACAAACAGAGUCGUGUUCGCUCACACCACCGAGGCGUUUGAAGAAGACAUCGAAGAACUUGAUUGCCAUAUCGUGCCUUUUUAUGAGGACACAGAUUCAGACAGCGAGGAGCAUAUUUACGAGGAGGCGGGGUUCGACUCUGAAGGGGAGAACUUUUUGAACCUGGAUCGAAAAACCAUUGUGACACGUUCUCGCUCUUAUUCUGGCAAAAUACCAGGCUACGUUCCAGAAACCGUACCCGAGGAGACAGGAAGUGAGUACCAAACGCAUGACUACUGCACAGUGGCCUUGGAUAAGAGCGGUGAACCGAUAAGCCAAUCGCAAGCCCCCGGAGAAAACCGUCUGGUACCGUCUACAAAAUCUCGCCGCUUUCUUCUAUACACUCGUUCCGCAGGGAGUCCAGAAGAAUCCUUGGCUGACGGAUCUCCAAAGGAUGAGAACAGGAUCAAGAGGAAAGACGACACUCUCUCACUUCCAUGUGUCAUGACUUCUUCUGGGAGCUUCUCCCAACGGAGCCACCAAUCGUCCAGCGGCGUUUCCACCCCAACAUCUCUGGUGGACAUCCCACCGCCGUUUGAACUGGCGUACAUCACCAAAAAACCAGUAACCAAGAGUUCCCCUUCUCUUUUGAUCCAGCAUGAACCUGAUGAUCAACUCAAGAAGAAGAAAAUCUCCUUCAAGCGCUUUUUGGCUCUCAAGUUUAAGAGAAAGUCUGACUCCAAAGGUUUCAGUGACGGUUCCGUUCGUUCUUCUCGAUCGUCUUCUGAGUCCAGUCACCACGCCCCAGCAAGAGUCAUCGAGCUCGACCGUCGAAGCAACGACAGCUCCCCUCAGCUCCAGUCUCGUAUUGUUAACCCCCAUCAGCGUCCAUCGGAUCGGAUAUCGAACCUGGUUCUCUAUAAAGACCAUCAGAGGAGGAAAAGUGAACUCAAAGCUUACGGCAGAGGCGUCUCCAGAGUUGAAUCCUUCGAGGAACGAUCUCAUCGUGCUGCCAUGCCGCUGCCUUUAACGAAACCCAGAUCGAUCUCAUUUCCGAGUGCAGACACGUCUGACUAUGAAAAUAUUCCAGCCAUGAGCUCAGACUACGAGAACAUCCAAAUUCCAGGCAGGCCGACCAGAUCGCACACCGUGACUGAGUUUUUUGAGGAUCCAAAUCGCAUGACAACCCCCUGCAAUGAGAACGAUGGCUACGUGGACAUGAACAGCUUCCCUGGGAUAGACAGCAAGCCCCAGACGGCGAAAGCGGACGCUGAAAGUGCCUACACAGAACCUUUCCCUCUGAGCUCAGUCUCUGGCGGGUCAGCCGAGGAGGACCAUGGACGGACGUCAGAAGAAGAAGAAGGGGCUGCCGAGCAAAGCUAUGAUCGACAAAUUGAUGGGCGAUCCCGAGCGUUCUACGUUGCCAAGGAGCUUGUUGACUCAGAGAGACUACAUGUCAGCACCCUGAAGUAUCUUCAAGAGGACUUCAGACCAGCGGUGGCUGAGGCGGUGGGUGAGGACGGCACCCUGGUUGUGGAGGAGCAGAGGUUGGAGGAGAUAUUGGGUGUUCUUCCUCAGGUCUUCACCCUCCAUAGCAACAUUUUGGCUGAGCUGGAGGAGCGCAUCAGUCACUGGGAGGACGGCCAACAGGUGGUAGACGUCCUCUUGUCACGUCGUGAGGACUUCAAGGUGUUUGACACCUUCGUCUCUGAGUAUGAUCGCAGCAUGUCCUUGCUGGAUGGGAGCUGCAGAGCCAACCCCGCCUUCGCCAGCAUUGUCAAGAAAUUUGAGAAGAGGAAUCCAGAAGAUGCUGAAGUCCCCCUGAAGCACCAGCUACUGCAGGUCAUCGUGAGAGUACUGCAAUACCGCAUGCUUCUCACAGAUUAUCUUAAUAAUCUCUCACCUGAUUCUAAAGAAUACGAGGACACUCAAGCUGCUUUGGUGAUGGUGUCCGAGGUGGCGGACCAGGCCAAUGAUCAUCUGAAACAGGGGGAGAACUUGCUGCGUAUGGUCCAUAUAGAAUACAGCAUGAAGGGCAAGAGGGACCUCCUGAAGCCGGGCCGGAUGUUUGUGAAGGAAGGAACGCUCAUGAAGGUCUCAAGGAAAAGCAGACAGCCCCGACAUCUAUUUCUGAUGAAUGAUAUAAUGCUGUACACCUACCCACAGCAAGAUGGGAAAUACAGGCUGAAGAACACUUUAUCUCUGUCUGGAAUGAAGGUGAGCAAACCCGUUCUUGACAGCGUGCUGAACUGCCUGAAGAUUGAGGUGUCUGACAUCACCAUCAUACUCUCUGCCAGCUCGGUCGUUGAGAGGGAGGACUGGUUCCAUACGUUAAGUCGAGCCAUUGCGGACCACGCUGCAGGACUGUGUACAUUCGGAGGACCUUGUAAUGAGGCCCGUGAGAAGCUGUGGAUGGCCUUGGGUGAAGCUGCUCCAGUUCUGGUCCCCGUGUCUCAUGUGAUGAUGUGCAUGAAUUGCACUUCUGACUUUAGCCUCACUCUCCGACGACACCAUUGUAACGCCUGUGGCAAGGUGGUGUGUCGAGCUUGUUCCAGGAACAGAUAUCCACUUAAGUACCUCAAAGACAGAGUAGCCAAAGUGUGCGACCACUGCUAUGCUGAGCUCAGGAAAAGAGGUUGCAGUGUGUCAGGGGCAUGCGGCAAUGCGAGUCCACGGACCCACCGGGCUAGUCGGCCCCUGUCAGCUGUCUUCCAAAGUCUGCAGACGCAGAGUCUUUGGAAAAGCAGGAAGAGCACAAUCUCUCUCAAUCAAUUUCCUCUUGGGGUGGAGGGUUCCACCAUGAGCGGCAUCCUGCAGCGACGAAAGAAGAGCAAGAGGAAAUGGAAGCGUCUGUGGUUCCUUCUCAAAGACAAGGUGCUCUACACCUUCACAGCCUGUGAGGAUAAAGUGGCUUCUGAGAGUCUACCUCUGCAAGGCUUCACCGUCAAGCUGACUGAGAGGCCCGAAGGCGAUGAGAGCAGCAGCGUGUUCCACCUCUACCACAAGAAGACCCUCUACUACAGCUUCAGGGCUGAUGACCAUCACACAGCACGCAGAUGGGUCAACGCCAUCGAGGAAGCUACAGUUUUAUAGCAUCGACAAGCAAACCAUAUUGCCAAUGAACAAUGGGACUAAUACAGUUUUUUUUUGCCAAAACUAGACUUAUCACAAACCGCCUGUCACUGAAGCUGUCUCAACAGAGGAAUCUUAGCUAAGAGCGCCCCCUUGUGGUAAGAAGAGUCAACAUCCUCCAGCUUUAGUUUCUUAGUACUGUAGUGUGUGACCAGCCUCUGCAGGAGCAUUCACUUUUUCCGGAGCAGCUAGAAUGCAUCAUGUUUUAAAAUAAGCCUCGAUCGUGCGAUUUUUGCAGACUGAUGUUAUUUUUCUACCUUUAAACAUGAUGUGCCAUCAUCGGAUUAUUGAUUGUGUUCCAUUUUAAUGAGCAUUUUAUAAGCAUAAUACACAUGCAGGAUGUGCCAAGAUCAGCAUUUUAAUGGAUUCUUUUUGGCUGCGCUUUAAAAAAAAUCCCAGUUUUCAUCUAGAAAGUGUUGUACUGUACUAAGAAUGUCUGGACGCCUACCUUCCACCAGCAUACUCUGUAUUUUCCAUGUGUAGGAUUUUUUAAAGCAUUUCAAAAGUGCCGGUUUAUUUCUUCUAGUGCAAUUUUUGCAAUGAAUGAUAAAUGUGCCUGAUACUGAAUAGUCAUUGUUUGUAUGUUAUACAAUACUGUACUACUUUUACGUAUGUCCAGAAGAAAUUGUGUUUUUUUUUCCUCUAUACUGUUAUAUCUAGUAUUUUAAAGUGUUGAGUUACAACCCAUGUAACUUAAGAAUAUAAUAUUGUGCCAUUUUAGGGCUGUAAAUAAACUGCUGGUGUAAGUCAUACUUGAUUUACCUGCUUGGGGAGAAGACGCUUACGCAAAAAGCACUCAAAAUCUGAUCUAAUUUCCCUUCCAAAUUAGGCAAAUUGACACCGAAUCAUGCAUAAUAAUAAAAAAGUAUCACAUAUAUGUACUAUAUCUAAGUAUGUAUGAAUAAUUUCCAAUCGAUUAGUUUAGUAACAUGUUUUUAUUGUUAUAUAAACACACUAUAAUGUAGUUAUAAGCAGAUGUAGAAUCAUUAGCGCUCUUUAUUAAAGCAGGGCACUUCUUUUAUAAAAAAAUAAAAAUAAUACAUCAUAUUAUACAGUAUGGAGAAUUUUUUUUCUAUGCUUAACCAGCAUCCAUAGUUAUGGGUGUAUUAAUACGUGUAUUUGCUUACAACAACAUUAUGUUGUGUUCUAAACUAUUUAUUAUUAUCUCACCUAGUAGCUUCAACGAAAACACCUAAGACAAAGUGGAGCGUUACCGUGAUAUCCAAAGUGUUACAUGGGAUUGUACCUCUUGCAUACAGUGCAUUGUAAUUUUUUUUAUGUAUAUAGAUGCAUAUUGAAAUAAAAUUUCUGGAUGAAAUUGAA